GUCAACAGACGCGAGCGAGCAAGCGAGCGAGCGAGCGAGAGAGAGAGAGAGGACUUCCUGCUGCUUCUGUGCUGGGCCAUGGCGUUUGCUCUCAACCUCUACCCCACCCGCUGUUUCCCUUCCCUUGCCGCAUAUUAUUAUCUGCAUUGGUUCACCUUGGCGACUUGUAUCUGCUGCCAUAGUGACUCCUCCUAUCCCGAAAGCUCCUCGUCAUCUUCAACCUUCUCUUCCUCCCCUACACUUUUGAGGAACUUGUUCUCUUUGCGUGGGUGCGACCUUCUUCUAUCGCAAGGGAUUUCUGAUUAAAGGUCUUCUGUUGGAAGCUUUAGAGCUAAAAUUGGAGUGCAUUCAAGAGGAUGGGCUCUGGAGAUUGGUUAAAGACGAUCAUUAAUCGGAAGAAAGCAAAGCAAGAUGGGGCAAAGAAACUUACGGGUUCGUCCAACCAGCAAUCCAAUGGGUUCGAGUUGAAGGGUCAGUCUCGUAAAGAUCCCGGUAAAUUAUUUGGUGGUGCUGAUGGCAUGGCUUCUGAGGAUAUUGCUGCUACUCGAAUCCAAACUGCUUUCCGAGGAUUCAAGGCAAGGAAAGCUUUCCGUAGUCUGAAGAGAGUCCAAAGAUUGCAAGCCUUUACCCAUCGCAAAUCUGUACAGAAGCAGGCAUCAAACACUUGGAGCCAUGUCCAGUCCUGGAGCAAAAUGCAAGCAGAAAUCAGAGCCCGACGUGCUAAUAUGGUGGCAGAAGGCCGCUUCAGGCAGAAGAAACAUGACAACCGGUCGAAACUUGAGGCCAAGCUUCAUGAUCUUGCGUUGGAAUGGAACGGAGGCUCCGAGACGAAGGAAGAAAUCGUUGCCAGGAUACAACAAAGGGAAGAAGCAGCAGUCAAGCGGGAGCGAGCCAUGGCGUAUGCCUUCUCCCACCAGUGGAGGGUGAACUCUGGGGUGAGCCAAGGGCCAUUCGUGUACGAGCUCGCAAAAGGCAACUGGGAGUGGAGUUGGGUGGACAGGUGGAUUGCUGCUCGCCCGUGGGAGACCAGGCCUUCAUCUCAUUCCAUGGCCAAGACAGCCAGCAAAGCAGGUAAGAACGCCAGCCCUUCAGGUCAGAAAGCACAAGGAUCCACGAAGAAGCCAUCUAAGCCAUCCGAAGAAGCAGCAGCGAGCAAGGAGUCGAACACCACCAACGUUGCAAGCUCUGCUCGCCCGAGAACCAGGAGUACAAAAGCGACGAAGCAAGAACAGCAGCCGUAAGCUUCACCGUCAUUCGAUAGCCAAUGAAUGCAAACACGAGUGGCAGCAAAGUCUGUGGGAUUCUUUUCCGUUUGAUGUGCAGAAUAAUAGGCCAUUCUGCCUUUGUAUGUGUAGACUACUGAACUGUGUAAUAUGCAUUUUGACUCCAUGUGAAGCAGCGUUAAGGUUGGAUGCUA